GCCAUGUUCCUGCAGUGCUACAACGAUGAGCGCGGCGAGCGCGUCUACACCCUGAAGAAGGUGUCCCCGGCGGGGCAGCCCACCCGCUCGGCCCACCCGGCCCGCUUCUCUCCCGACGACAAGUUCUCCCGGCACCGCCUGGCCCUGAAGCGGCGGUUCGGCGUCCUGCCCACCCAGCGGGCGCGGCCGCUCCUCUGAGCGGGGAGCCGCGGUGGCGG